GAUAUAAAGGAUGAUGUAUGUAUUUAUGGUUCAGGUGAGAUCGCUCUGGAGUAGUGUGGAAACAGAUGACGUUCUUGCUUCAGCACGUGAUCUGUUCCUGACGAGCACCAGCAACGGACGAGGGCCUGACGAGCACCAGCAGCGGGACCAGUGCGGACGAGAGGAGCACCAACACCAGCGCGGACGAGAGCUGACGAGACGAGCACCAAAACCAGCGCAGACGAGACGGGAGCUGACGAGCACCAGCAGCGAAUCGGGAGCGGAGGAGAUCCGGCCAGAGGUGGCGGCCGUGGGCAAUGCGGCCCGAGUCGUGAGCGGGAUCCGGCACGUGGACAGCAGGAUCCGGCGGGAUCUGGCGGCUGGAGGCGGAUGCCGGCUGAAGGCGACGGCGGCUGGAUCCAGCGGGACGAGACGAGGUGGAGGCGGCACCAGUUCAUGUACUCGCACCCAGAGUCCGCGUGCGGGUUGGCGACCAGGAGCCUGGCCAGGGUGGCCCCUAUCACGGCGUUCGGGGCGACGAGGAGCUGGAUGGAGGCGAGCGGCGCGGCCACCGGCGAGCCCGAGGGGCUCCAACGCCAGCAUGCUAGCCGCCGCGGCCUGGAGGUGGAGAUGCGCACGAAGGAGCGCAGCCUCCGCGAGGCGCAUCUGGCGCGAGCGGCUGCCACGCCCGCGACGUGGAUCGGCGCCUCAAUCCAGCGACGAGCCCCCUGCUUCGAGCGAGUAGGGCGAGACCGGAUACAGCGGGGGCUGAGACGGGAUCCAACGACGGGAACAGAAAAAAAAUUGGAUCAUGAGGACGAGUUGCGGCCGGCGUCCGGAGACCUAAACCUGCCCUGUUUAUAAAAAUAGGAUAGUGACGGUGACAGUAGGUAAUUAUCACCAAAUUUACAAGGUAAUAGGUCAUUAGUAAUCCAUAAUCUGAUUUUAGCUGGGGUAGAGUAGAUUAUGA